CGUCAACUGCGCCUCUGGUGUUUGUGCGCAUGAACGCACGCUCGUAAAUGGGCUGUUUUAGCAGCGCUACUGACAGGAACGCUAUUGACAGACUACUCACAUUCUGAAGAGUAAAUAGCCCACCUGUCAAUUAGUGAGCGGCUAUUUAUGUUUUUUCGGAAGGUGGACGAGUUAUUGAGCUACUAGGAUCGUUUUUUUGCCAGGACGUGGGGGAAGAAAGAACUCUGGUACUCCAGGACUACGUUGGUUAGCUAGCUAAUGUUAGCUUGCCAGUGCAAUGCAGGCCUUCGUGUGUGUCCCAGAUGAUGUGAGCCACCUCGGCGUAAAGAGAGCAUGAUGACUGAAGUUCAGGCCACGGUGGAGUUCUCUGUGGAGCUCCACAAGUUUUACAAUGUGGACCUGUUCCAAAGAGGGUUCUACCAGAUUCGUGCUAGUGUGAAGGUUCCACCUCGUGUGCCGCACAAAAUUGAAGCCAGUCUUCUUCAUCCAAGCGGCUCCGACCUUGCAUUUCCUGCUUCAGUCCAAGAUGAUGUCAUCUCCAGCAAAACGUUUCAGAUUUUGUACAAGAAUGAAGAGGUUGUUGUCAAUGACGUGCUCAUCUUCAAAGUCAUGAUGCUUCUGGAUGAGAAGAAGGUGGAAGAGUCCCUCUCUGAUCUGGAUUUCCAUCUCCUGCUAGAUUUGUAUUUCACUGAUGGCGAUUACACACCAGAAGAUCCAAGCUCAUUACAGAAUAUCAGCAGCCGCACACUUCGUUUGCACUUUAGCCUUCAGCGAGGCAUUCACCAGCACAUUAAUGUCAUGUUUGACUACUUCCACCUUUCUGUCAUGUCUGUUGCUAUUCACGCAUCCCUCGUCGCGCUUCAUCAACCACUCAUCAGUUUUCCUCGGCAAGUGAAGACAACAUGGCUUAAUCGCAACACUCCGGCACAGAGCAAGGACUCAGUCAUCCCCGCUUUAGAAAAUGUGGUGUUUGGCAGCAGUUAUGCCAAGCAGGUAUCAUCAGAUGGCAAGUCAUUCUUGGUAUCCGACGACUGUGUACAGCAUGCCCUGAGCCUCCACCAUAACAUGUGCUCCAGUCUCUUACUUGCGUAUCAGGGCCUGUUUGACUACUUCACCAAUGUCACGAAGGACUUGCCAUCCUCCCAUCGUUUGGAACUAGCCAAGCCCAGCAUGCAAGUCCUAUAUGAGCGAGUACUAAGAAGACCCUAUCCCCGAAGUCAAAGGCACGUCUACAUAGAAACACUUGACUUGAAGGCACGUCUAGCUGAGUUAUGUGAACAAGUGAAGCAAAAAGCAGAAUCCCCUGACGAGUUAGCAGAACUGGUUAACAUGAAUCUAGCCCAGCUCUGCUCUUUGUUGAUGGCUCUCUGGGGACAGUUUCUCGAGAUCGUCUCCCUGCAGGAGCAAGUUGCUGCCCUUCUAGCUGUGGAACACCACACACUAAGAGUGAGGCGAUUUGCAGAGGCUUUCUUCUGUCUCCAACAUCCAAGACAGUCUGCUUUGGCAUAUCAGGAGCUAUAUGCUCACAGUCACCAGCAGAUGACGAAUGCGAUCAAAAGUUCCAGCUACUUUUUGUCUCUGCCUCCACUUCCGGUGGAAUGUGCGGAUAUGGAUGGUGACAUCAACUCUAUUCCAAUCAUUUUUGAGGAUCGCUAUUUAGAUUCCAUCACUGAAGAUCACGAUGGACCCUGGCUGGGCAUGCACAACACACGGUCGGCGUCAGUGCCAAGUAAAUCAGAUAAAUCAAGUUCUAAGGACUGUGUUGCAAUGGCCGGUCUUUUACCACCUGAUUCUCAGGGUACCUUGGAGCCACCUCCAAAAUCCAAAGGAAAAUCAGUAAAACUGAAGAAAAAUUCUAAGAUUGAAAAUCCCAAGAAGCUGAUUAGACAUGGAUCCAAAGACUCAGUGGUUCUGGUGGGUUAUAAGAACCUCAAAGCUCCUUUUGCCGAUGCUAGCACCAAGAAUAAGGAAGGGGAUCCUCCUUUGAACUCAGUGGAGGACCAAGAUGCCUUGCAGUUGGACUCUAUUAAUUGUUCCAGAACUAAUGAUGAUUCUGUCUCUGACCUCAGUGCCUCGUUGUCACACUUUGGUAAGAGUAUGGUUGAGUCCAUCUCUGGUGACAGUAGACCUUAUACUGCUGCUUGUACAGCAGGCACAAGAACGGGCCCUAUGUGCCAACAACCCCCAAACAGAGAUGACCAAGUCGAUCAGAGUAACCAAAAGCAGAUGCUGUGUUCUGCGGGACCUAAGCAAAUUGACGUUAAACCAAGACUCAAAAACCAAGGUGGUCAAAUUACAGUUAUCAGGCCGUGUCGGACUGAUGGUGCUAAUAGCAGCAAUAUUCCAGAAAUUACCCAGGCAGAAUGUUACUCCAGUCACUCCGUGGUGGAGACAACGCAAUAUUGCCAGCAUCCCUCUCUGUCCUCAGUGCAGGUAAAGUUUGAUGGUGUCAGGCUGCCCGAUGUAGCAGCUCCGUGUGCCUCUUCCCGCCUCUCAGAUUCCGGCAUUGAGAGUGAGCCCAGCUCUUUUGCAGCCCAACUCGUUUCAGGGUCACAUACUUUUCCAGGGCUCGGUGUGGUUGAGUCAACUAUGGCUGGCCUACAGCCAGGGAAGACUGCAGUCAGUUCUGCACUCAGUCCUGUACGGCCAAGUGCAGUACAACAGCCUUGUGAGGGAGGAGAGUUUCUUCACCCCGACGAGAGCCAUGCUGCCAGAGGGGUUCAGUCAUCGCUCACUUCUAUCAACUCGUUGCCCUCAGAUGAUGAAGUUGAAUGUUCAAGCCGAGCUGACAUCUUUUGCAAGAGUAUUGUGGUACAGGAGCAAAGCGUUGUGUUUUCUGGGGAGCACGUAAACAAACCUGCUGUUGAUUCGGUCUCUCACUUGGAUUCUGCAACAGGAGAUUCCCAGCUUGAAAAAUCUGGCCUUGAUUUGAAAAUGGAGCCCCACGUUAUCGGGAAUCCUGAGGUCAGACUGGAGGAGGCAUCUGGUCUUGACGCCUUAAAAGAAUCUCGUAGUGAACCCCAAACUGCAUGCCCCUCAAGUAACUCCGCCACAAGUAGCACUGACUUGGUAAAACGUGGCAUGGUAGAGAAUUAUUUUGGCUCAACUUCCAGCACAGAUGUAUCUGAGAUCAGCCCUGUAGAAACUUCCGCUAUUACUCUGGGAAUCCAAACAGGACCACAGGUUGAGGAGGAUGAAGAUGAAGGUGAACAUGAAAUGAUAGAGAACGGCUACUAUGAAGAAGGAGACGACUACGCCUUUUUCAAUGGUGCCGCCGAUGAGGAGCAAACGAGUGUUGGAGGCACAGUUUGUCAGGAGGCGCAAGUUCUGUUUGAACAGCUUGGCAUUGGCCACAUCCACGAAAAACAGGAUUUAUUGAAAGCUCCAGUCUGCACCAACGUCGCCUCUGGUACUACUGGGCAGAGCGUGCGGAGGCGCCAUCCCUCCACCUUGAUGUCCUCAAAUCUAACGUGGUAUGAAUGUGUACCUGCACCACAGAUGAUAGAGUUCAUCAAGGCUAAGGAAGAAAUGAAGCAAUUGAAGCUUCCUGGCAUCUUGUACAGUGAAGUACCAGAGCUUGCAUCCACAGUACCCUACUUCAGCUUGGAGGAAGAUGAAAGCUGUGACGAGGGCAUUCAUCUUAUCGUUUGCGUGCAUGGCCUGGAUGGCAACAGUGCAGACCUGAGACUAGUGAAGACGUACCUGGAGCUUGGACUCCCCGGUGCUCGUAUAGACUUCCUUAUGUCAGAGAGAAACCAGAAUGAUACCUUCGCUGACUUUGAGUCAAUGACAGACAGGCUGUUGGAUGAAAUAGUCCAAUACAUUCAGAUUUACAACCUCACUCUUUCAAAAAUAAGUUUUGUGGGCCACUCGCUGGGUAACCUGAUAGUUCGCUCUGUACUGACCAGACCCAGGUUUAAAUGUUACCUGAGCAGGUUACACACCUUCCUUUCCCUCUCCGGACCUCAUUUGGGCACACUAUACAACAGUUCAGCAUUGGUCAACACAGGCCUUUGGUUCAUGCAGAAGUGGAAGAAGUCAGGAUCGCUGCUGCAGCUGACUUGCCGUGACCACUCAGAUCCUCGACAGACAUUUCUCUAUAAACUCAGCAAAAAAUCUGGUCUGCAGUUUUUCAAGAAUGUGGUUCUGGUGGGUUCACUGCAGGAUCGCUACGUACCCUAUCAUUCAGCUCGGAUAGAGAUGUGCAAAACAGCAUUAAAGGAUAAACAAACUGGUCCCGUGUAUGCUGAGAUGAUUGAAAAUUUGCUGCUGCCAGUACUUCAGAACAAAGACUGCAACCUCGUCCGAUAUGAUGUCAUCCACGCGCUUCCCAACACAGCCAAUUCUCUCAUCGGUCGGGCUGCCCACAUCGCUGUUCUAGAUUCCGAGAUUUUUCUGGAGAAGUUUUUCCUUGUUGCUGCCCUCAAGUUCUUUCAGUAGAACUGCACGUGGACAAGAGAAUGUGGAGUUAAUACCUCACUUUAGCUGAAUUUUCCUCCAGUGACAAUUGUUGGACUACUUGUAUAUACUUUUUAAUGAAAUAAGACAUGCAUCAUAAUUAUUUUUUUCUCUUCUCUGUUUAGUUUUUAUGGAGUUUGUUUUUUAUUUUUCUACUGCCAGUGUUGUUUGUCUGGGAGGGGCAACGUUUGCCAAGUUUUAAUGUUUCCUUUCAUUAUUUAUCUAUGUUCCUAUACAACUGUAUGUUAUUCAAUUCAUUUUAGCAAUUGAAAUGAAACUAAAGCUGCUACAUAUUUAAAAUGGCAAGUCUGCACAGUCACCAUUUGAAAACCUUUCUGACAGUUUUUCCCGAGACCUUGCAUUCAUUUGCACCGCAACUACAUUUUACAAGCUUUUGUACAGAAAAUUCAUUUGUACAGAUUGCUUUUGUAUUGACUAUUUUCCAUCCUUAAAAAAAAGAGACUGGAUUUGAAAUAGCAAUGUUGUGCUGAGACUUUGAAGCUUUUCAUUUGUUUUUAAUUCUUUAUGCAGCAUUGUGCACGUUUGCCAACAAGGUGUUGGAGAAAAUAAAGCUAGAGCAUAGCAUUUUGUCAGAGGGAGUUUACGAAAUGCUCAUCAUUGAACAAAGCACAUUUGGUUUCUAUCAUCCGUUUAUUGAGAAUGUAUUGAAAGUAUUUGGUUGUUGACAUUGGGUAAUUAUGGCAAAUGGAAAGCAUUUUUUUGGAUUUUAAAACGUGUUUCAUGGGUGGAUGUUUAUAUCAUUGUAUAAUUAAAAUUGACAAUACAAAAGUUAA